CCCAGGUUGGUUGGAAAGCAAAUCCAAUGGUGUUACAACAGAGUGAGAGAGAGAGAGAGAAAAAGUGUAGGGGUAAAGAGAGUUAAUGGCAGAGGAAGUGAUGCUAUAGUGAUUGUUUAGAGCUCCUCCUCAGUGCCUCUGAGACGCUCUCAGUCCUGCUUUUCCGUCCAUUCAACUGCAGCCCGAGUUAGUGUCGGUUACUCACACAGGAAAACACAGAAAACAAGAGUCUGAUCACCAGAGGACAUGAUCCGGACCUUCAGCAAAUCUGUGUCUCUGCGCUUCUGCACAGUCCUGGAGGUCAAGAGCAAGUUUGGUGCAGAGUUUCGGAGGUUUUCUGUGGACCGAUAUGAGCCAGGGCUGUUUAAGGACUUUCUCCAGCUUCUCCUGUGCCUACAUCAUUUACGUCACGUGGAGAUCUUCAUCAGCUACGCAGACGUCCACGGAGACCUGCUGCCCAUCAACAACGAUGAAAACUUCUGCAGGGCUGUGUCUACGGCCCAAUCACUGCUGCGCAUAUUCAUUCAGCACAGAGAGGAAAUUGACCAGGAUGCCGUCAGAACAGAUGCUGUAAAGAGGCAAAGGAAAUCAUCAGCUGCAGCUUCACGUGGAGAGGUCAGCCGCAGAAGACCCCAAGUUCAGAUCGGCCUGCCGCAGAAUUUCCGUCCCAUCUCCUCCAUAAUCGAUGUGGACAUCCUCCCCAAAUGCCAUCGUAGAGUUCGUCUCUACAGCCAAGGCACCAACAGACCCCUGGGCAUCUACAUCCGUGAUGGAACCACAGUCAGGGUCACUCCGCAUGGUCUGGAGAAGGUUCCAGGCAUCUUCAUCUCGAGGCUGGUUCCUGGAGGUCUGGCCCAGAGUACGGGUCUGUUAGCCAUCAACGACCAGGUCUUAGAGGUCAACGGCAUCGAUGUGAUGGGCAAGUCUUUGGAUCAAGUGACCGACAUGAUGGUUGCCAACAGUUACAACCUCAUCAUCACUGUGAAACCAGCAAAUCAACUCAACAAUGCCAAGCGCUACAGCUGUAUCUCCCCAAAACCGGGAAAUCUUGUUGAAGGUAAAGGUUCUAUAAGCUACCCAGGAUUGCCUGUGAUUAUGAGAUCCCAUGUUUGGACAAGCAAUGGCUUUGAAAGCGAUGAGGAUUCAGACUUCAUUGUGGAAAGACCUUUUAAACACCCAUCUUCAGCAACACCCCAGUCUUCCCGUUCCAAAGCUCACGAUCGCUACAGAUGCCUUGGGCGCCACUGCUCUCCAGAGUAUUGCCGCUCACAGCCCUCCCUCAAUCACAUGAUCCCUCCUGAGCCCAGCACCCCGUUGCACCGGGAAAUGAUCCACCAGCACCACUACAGAAGCAGCCCAGCGUUCAGACAGAGCACCUCCAGCACACAGGAUAUCCUGAGCAUGUUGCGCUCAGACAUACGACAACGCCUCAUGGUGCCUCAGGCUGCGAUGGAGGAAGAUGGAAUAGUUAUUAUUCUAUGAUGUGAAACAUGAAAUGGAAAUACUUAUUUGAAUACAGUAGAACUUAAAAGUUUGGAUUUUCAUGAUUUAAAAUGGUAUCAUCCAAACUAUGAGGAAAAACAUAUUGAUGUAUUUACUAAACAAAAUCCUGUUAAAUAAACCAGAAUAUCUUUUCUUUUAA